GAAGUCAUGUUGGACUGUACAGGCGCAGGUAUGCCAGCUUGCUCUGACCAUUUGCAGAGAGGCAAGUAGUAGUUCAGGCAACUGGGAUCAGAAGUUGGUGCUUUUGCAACAAAUGAAGACUGCUGGUUCUUGUGUGCCGCUUCUCAGCAAUGCCUGCAUGGCUAGUCGUACAGUGUUACUUACCCAUUGUCACAAGGUCAGAAGUAAAAAAUGUACUCUUACUCUCAUUUCAUUGCGCAAGUUGCCUAGGAGAUCGCUGUUACAAGAAAACUGAUACUGAGCAUCUCUAUACAGUAGUGUUCGAAGAGAUCUGUGGGCGUUUUGGAAAGACCUAUACCUGGGAUGUGAAAUCCUUGGUCAUGGGUAAAAAAGCCCUAGAAGGGGCACAGAUUAUUCGAGAUGUUCUAGAUCUUCCAAUAACCAAAGAAGAGUUAUUACAUGAAAGUAAAAUGAAGCAGGAGAAGAUAUUCCCUACUGCUGAAUUGAUGCCAGGAGUCGAUAAGCUGAUCCGUCAUUUGCACAGACACAACAUACCCAUAGCUGUUGCCACCAGCUCAGCCGAAGUGACAUUUCAGAUGAAAACAGCCAGACACAAAGACUUCUUUGGUCUUUUUCAUCAUAUUGUGUUGGGAGAUGACCCUGAAGUGAAGUGUGGCAAGCCACAGCCUGAUGCAUUUCUCGUUUGUGCAAAGAGAUUUCACCCCCCUGCACCUCCAGAGAAGUGUCUUGUGUUUGAAGAUUCACCACUUGGAGUCAAAGGAGCCCUGGCAGCAGGAAUGCAAGUGGUUAUGAUUCCAGAUGAAAAAUUAAAUCCGGAUCUCAAAAAGGACGCAACACUACUGCUGAGCUCCAUGGAGGAUUUCAAACCAGAACUGUUUGGUUUACCAGCAUAUGAUUAAUGCCUAAUGGCUAUGAACAUGCACUUGCCUGGAGGUCGGUAAAGUGGAAUGAAAUUCUGUUACAGUUUUAUGAUUGUUUUGCAUCUUUUCCUCUCUUCCUCAAAACUAGAGCACAAAAAUGUUGUUAACACCAAGUCUUCCACAAAGUACCUUUGAAAAUUGACUGGAUUGUUAAUGAUUUGUCCUUGUGAUAAAUGCUAAAUUAAAGCAGCAUUUCAUCUUGUAAA